GAGAGACACAGUACAGACUCAGAGGUCGUCCGUUCGGGUUGUGUAUAUCGUUCCUCGCUCUCUCUUGGUUGUGGAAGUUUGCAAGUUUGUGAGUUGUUUGAUGGUACGGUACUACUGUCGGAUAUAUUACUCUCUGUAUUUAUUUGCUCUGCUUAGCAUACCGUACGAAAAACUGCUUUAAAAAUGCGGUAUAUUUAAAACAACUGAUAUUGUAUUUAGAAAUAUAAAGAAGUUGAAUUAACUAAGGGCGUCGAUGUAAAUAAACAGAGCUUCCAGAUAACACCAGCGAGGAGCCCGCCAGCCUAGAGUAUACUAGUUAGGAGUAAGAGGAUUUGUUGCUGUAGACCACAACUAGAGGACGCUGAACCAUCUCACGCUAAGAGAGUUAUUUUACCGAAGGAUUGAACACCAAAGGGGAAGAAGAGAUCAUAAACAAAACCGGUCCUCAAUGCAAACAGCAAAAAUGUCCUCUAUGCAAAAACUAGAAAUAGCUUCUUUGCAAACAAUAAGAGGUCUACUUUGUAAACAAUAAAGCAGAUAUCCGUUGCAAACAAUACACAGGUCCUCUUAGCAGACAUCACAGACUCCCAGAAGUGCAAAGCGGUCCCAGUCCCAUACGUCACGAACUUAAGGGACCACAAACUUCCCAAGAAGACCACAAUCCAUCCCAAGAAGACCACAGACCCCCCCCAACAAGACCACAGACCCCCCAAAAGACCACAAUCCACCCCAAGAAGACCACAAAGACCACAAUCUCUCUAAUAGUUUACAAACCCAGGACCCUCUCUUGUAACCUUGACCAUUGUUCUUACUCCUGACUUACACUUGACCCUCGAGAACGUGUCAUCAACCAUUUAACUAACAAGAUCUCUAUUAAUUUCCAUACAGUCACAUUAACCUCCCACAUUCCUAGUGAGCUUUACCCAGUGGCAUUAACUUCUUCACAGAGCGGUUAAUGUUUGCAUGGCGCCAGUUUAAUGAUCUUUCCUCUAUUCCAUUAACUUUUAUAGAGUCCCAUUAACCUCUCCAUAACUCUCUCCCCUCCCCUUAACCUCAACACACCACCACCACCUUUUUACCAUUACCACAAACUAUCAACCUUUCUACCUCAACCUAGCCACCACUACCACCACCACAACCAACAAACCCUCUUCCUCCUCCCUAACUCCUCUUCUCCACAAUGGACUUCGACGAGAUCCUGCCUGACCUGGGGGAGUACGGCACCUACCAGAAGCUAAUCCUGUGGUUCCUGCUGCUGCCGGGGACGAUGCCCUGCGGCUUCCACGCCUACAACCAGCUCUUCAUGGCCUCCACCCCCGACCACUGGUGCCUCGUGCCAGGCCUCGACCACACCAACCUCUCCCUGGAGGUUCUCAAAAACCUUAGCAUCCCGUACGACAACACCUCCCAGCAGUUCAGCCGCUGCCAGAGGUACGACUACAACUUCACAGUUCACCUGGAGAGCCUGGAUGGGGGAGGAGAACAGGUCGUGAGACCUCCUGAGGGGGCCAGGGUAGUGCCAUGUGAUCGAGGAUGGCACUAUGACCUCGAGAAGCACUCCACUUCGGUCGUCUCAGAUGACUUGUUGUUGGGCACCAGUGGUCUGGUGGGUAACUACAUUUGCUACAUCCAGGACGGGUGUGGGCGUCGACCUGCUUUCUUCAUCUACCUGGUGAUCGAGUGUGCCUUUGGGAUAGCCACGGCCUUCACGCCCUCCUUCACCUGGUGGAUGGUGUGUCGUGUGGGCGUGGGCUUCACCGUGCCAGCCAUCAUGUCCACGCCCAUGGUCUUAGCCAUCGAGCUGGUGGGACCUACCAAGAGGACCUACACGACGGUGAUCAUAAACGUGGCUUACUCCUGCACCCUCAUCAUGCUGGCAGGAGUGGCUUAUCUGGUGAGUUGGGCCCAGCUUGCCCUUGCCACCACCAUCCCCUUCCUCGCCUUCUUUUUCUUCUGGUGGGUGUUGCCGGAAUCCCCUCGAUGGCUGCUAGCAAAUGGCCGACUCCCAGAAGCAGAGAAGAUCAUGAAGAAGAUGGCCAGAGUCAAUGGCAAGACACUGUCCCCUGACUACAUGGCCAAUCUUAGGCGGAAGUUCGAGGUGGAAAAGUACAUGUCUGGGAAGGAGGAUGAGAAGAUUCAACAAUCAUAUGGUGUUCUCGAUCUCUUCAAGACCCCCAACCUGUGCCGCAAGACUCUCAUUAUCACCUUCAUCUGGUUCACCAACACGUCUGUGUAUGUGGGCCUGUCAUAUUAUGCACCAGCUCUGGGCGGGGACCCCUACCUCAACUUCUUUCUGGCUGGUGUUGCUGAAUUACCCACUUACCUAUUCCUGUGGCCAUCAAUGGAGUACUGGGGUCGGAGAUGGACCCUCUGCUUCUCCAUGGUUGUAGGAGGCAGUGCUUGUGUUGCUACUGUUGUCACACAGAAUGACCCUUUGGUGACACUGAUUCUCUACUGUGUGGGCAAGUUUGGCAUCUCUUCCUCCUUUGUGGUACUUCCACUGAUGGCCUCUGAGUUGUACCCAACAGUGGUGAGGGGGAUGGGUUUGUCUGUGUCAGCAGUGGCAGGGAUGAUUGGCCCCAUUGUCAUCCCACUCAUCAACUACUUGGGUUCAGAGAUGAUGGUACUGCCACUGAUCAUCAUGGGUGUACUCCUAAACCUUGGUGGGGUAUUCUCCCUCCUGCUGCCAGAGACUCUUCACCAGCAUCUCCCACAGACACUAGAAGAAGGCGAGGAGUUUGGUAAACACUGGACCCUAUCUGAUUAUUGUACCUGUUGUCCUAAGAAGCCAAGUAGUAUGAAUGGUGUGGCAAAGAAAAUGUCUGUCAACAACAGUAUUCAUGAUGAUGGCGAGUCCGAAAAUGUAACUGGGGACGCAACCUACCCUGGUACGAGCCUCCUCUCAUCACAACACUUCAAGGAACUCGAGGAUAAUGGGAGAGCAGGAAGAGGAGAAGGGCAUGGGGAGGAAUGUUCAGGAAGACCUCAGUCGAGAAUAUUGCUUGAUGAUUUCGACAACUCUAGUAAUAGUAUUGAUGGUGGGAGUAGGAAACGUCGAGGAGGUUCAUCUGCAUAUCCUAAGGGAGAGGAUGGUGAGGUAGAGAAAACAGGGGAGGAACAAAAUCUUGUCACCUCCAGCAGAAAAGUUACCAUUGUUUAGUACAAAGAAAAUAACAGCAGCUAAUGUGAACUUUAAUACAGAUUGUGAUGUACAUUUAUUAAAAGACCUAAUGUGUGGUGUUUAUUUGUACAUUUGCUUUCUCUCGGACAUGUUUAUAUUAUUGGCCAUUACACAUUGGUGAAUGAAUUAAUAUAUCAUUCAUAUUGUAUUUGAUUCAUUCUCAUUGUUCAUAUUUACAAGGACUUGUAAUAGGAUAGUCCUAUAUUAUGAGAAGUUCUACAUAUAUAAGAUAUUAUAUAAGUAGAGUAUACCGUAUAUAAACUCUAGAAUUAGAUACGAAUUGUAAAAUAAUAUACAGUACAGUAUAUUUUAAUGUUCAAAAUAAAAGUAAUUGUAGAUAACAACUGAAUUGUGUAAAUACUUCAGCCGUAUUUUCUGCAGAGAAUGUAGAUCUGAUAGUACUAGUCCCAUUUGUCAGCACCACUCCACUAUUAGAGUAGAGAAACUGUUCUUGUAGUCACUGAUCUUUGUCCACAUUCACAUUAUAACUCACCGUACACACCCUCCUGUUUCAUCUUUUAUCACUUUACGUUUAGAGAACAUUACAGAGGCAGGGGUCUCUCAAUGAGCCUCAUUCAGAAUUAAAGCACUUUUCAAGCAUUGCAUCCAGAAAACAAACUUAUGUUCAGGGAAUUAGAAUGAACAGAUCUAUUUACUCCUCUUCAGGUGACAGAAUAAACAUAUUGUUCAUUGGUGAAAGAACAGUAUUUUUGGUGACUGUGGAAAGGGCAAUUUGUGGGCCUGGGGACAGCUCCCGUGUAUGUCACUGUCCUUCCGUCUAUUUUCUUGCUUUCAUCAUAUUACUUUU